AUGCCAAGUUCCACUCAACCCAAUCAGACGCAUGAUGAUGCAACCCUUGAUGUAGUUGUUGUCGGCGCUGGCCUUGCGGGUCUUGCUGCAGCCAUCUCCAUUUCUCUUUCAGGCCACAACGUCACUGUUUUAGAGUCGGCAAAAGAACUGCUCGAGGUUGGUGCUGGUCUACAAGUCACCCCUAACUGUACACGCAUCCUCCAAAAAUGGGAUCUCCCCGACAGACUCUGGAAAUCUGCCGCCGAACCCACGUCCCUCGUCGUCCAUAGAUACUCCGGCCGAACGCUCGCUAUAGAACCCGAUUUUCACAAGCAUAUCCGCAAGAAGUACGGGGCCCCCUUUAUCGAUCUCCACCGCGUAGACCUCCAGCUUGCGCUCUACGACAAGGCGAAAGAAUUAGGCGUCCAGUUCAAGCUCGGAGAUAGGGUAAAGGACAUUGACUUUAGUAUUCCUGAAGUCAGCACUGAGGCUGGGGCUAAGUACACCGGUGACUUGAUCGUUGCAGCGGACGGACUCUGGUCUAAGUGCCGGUCCAAGUUCCUUGGCAGUGAAGAUAAGCCCAUGCCCACUGGAGACCUAGCAUACCGUGUUGUUCUUGACGCGAAGGACAUUGAUGAUCCUGAGCUGCGCGAGUGGGUUGAGCGCCCAACGGUCCACUUCUGGAUCGGUCCAGGUGCUCAUGCUGUUGGGUAUUCCAUGCGUGGGGGACAGAUGUAUAACGUUGUUCUUCUUGUUCCCGAUGAUCUUCCAUCGGACGUCAGUCGACAGGCUGGAUCAGUGGAGGAGAUGCGAGAGUUGUUUAAUGACUGGGAUCCGAUUCUGGCAAGGUUCCUGAGUCAGGUCGACAAGGUUGACAAGUGGAAGCUGAUGCACAGAGAAGAGCUUGAUUCAUGGAUUAAUGACGACUCAAACUUCGUCUUCGUUGGUGAUGCCUGCCAUCCGAUGCUCCCAUACCUAGCCCAAGGUGCCAACUCCGCCGUGGAGGACGGUGCAGUUCUGGGUCUGCUUCUCGGCCACGUAAAGUCCAAGCAGCAAUUACCAAAGGCCUUGUCUAUGUAUGAGAGGUUACGCAAGUCUCGUGGAGAAGCCAUUGUGCGGGAAACCUUCAAACAGCGAGAAUCAUUCCAUAUGCCUGACGGACCCGCUCAAGAGGCGCGUGAUGAGACUUUCUUAUCUCAACUUGGUGCUGAGGAACUCAAAGGCCCGUUCCCAAGCAGGUGGACUUGCCCGCAGGUUCAGCCUUGGCUGUACGGGUAUGAUGCAUUUGAGGUUGUUGAAGAUGCAGUGAAGCGUGAGCCUUUCACGGAAUAG